GAGCGGCCAGAAGCCGGCUGCGGCCGGCCUGGGGACAGUGAUCCCGCGGGUGGGGACAGAGAACCCUAAGGGAAAGUGAGAGCAGGAGUUUGAUGGUGAGCGCAGGGAGCCUCACUCGCGGCUUUUACGCAGACUCCGGUCUCGGUUUCUUCUGGGCAGGCGGGGGCGAGUGUCCCGUCCGCUCUAGGGGACCAGCCAAGGCCACUGACCCUUAAGACUGCCGGAGUGCUCAGCACCUGUCCAGGGCUCCAGGGGAGGCUGUGGUCAUGGUGAGCGAAAGCCCCACCCAGGAGGAGCGCGAUGGCACCCCUGCACCGGAGUCCGCACCGCAGGCGGACCCCAGCGUCUCUAACCACCCCAGUGUGUCGGCCCAUCCCAGCGUCUCGGCCCACCCCAGCGUCUCCAUCCACCCCAGCGUCUCUGCCUACCCCAGCAGUUCGGCCCAUCCCAGUACCGUGGCCCAACCCAGUGGCUUGGCCCAACCCAGUGGCUCGGGCCCCGAGGACCUCAGCGUGAUCAAGGUGAGCCGGCGCCGCUGGGCCGUGGUCCUGGUGUUUAGCUGCUACUCCAUGUGCAACGCCUUUCAAUGGAUCCAGUACGGCUCCAUCAAUAACAUCUUCAUGAACUUCUACGGAGUCAGUGCCUUUGCCAUCGACUGGCUGUCCAUGUGCUACAUGCUGACCUACAUCCCUCUGCUCCUGCCGGUGGCCUGGCUGCUGGAGAAAUUCGGCCUGCGCACCAUCGCCCUCACCGGCUCGGCUCUCAACUGCCUGGGGGCCUGGGUGAAGCUGGGCAGUCUGCAGCCGCACCUCUUCCCCGUCACCGUGCUGGGCCAGGUCAUCUGCUCCGUGGCCCAGGUCUUCAUCCUGGGCAUGCCCUCUCGUAUCGCUUCCGUUUGGUUCGGUGCUAAUGAGGUUUCAACAGCCUGUUCCAUGGCUGUCUUCGGCAAUCAGCUUGGAAUUGCGAUUGGGUUCUUGGUCCCUCCUGUUUUGGUACCCAACAUCGAAGACCGGGAGAAGCUUGCCUACCACAUCAGCAUCAUGUUCUACAUAAUAGGAGGUGUGGCCACUCUACUUUUCAUCCUUGUCAUCAUCGUAUUCAAGGAGAAGCCUAAACAUCCUCCCAGCAGGGCCCAAUCCCUGAGCUAUGCCUUGUCAUCGCUUGAUGCUUCGUAUUUAAGUUCCAUCAUCCGGCUCUUCAAAAAUCUCAACUUUGUGCUGCUUGUCAUCACCUAUGGUCUGAAUGCUGGUGUUUUUUAUGCCUUGUCUACUCUGCUGAAUCGCAUGGUGAUCUUGCACUACCCGGGGGAAGAAGUGAAUGCUGGAAGAAUCGGCCUGACCAUCGUCAUUGCAGGAAUGCUCGGUGCUAUGAUCUCAGGCAUCUGGCUCGAUAGGUCCAAAACCUACAAGGAGACAACCCUGGCGGUGUAUAUCAUGACUCUGGUGGGCAUGGUGGUGUACACAUUGACUUUGAACCUGGGACACCUGUGGGUAGUGUUCAUCACUGCUGGCACAAUGGGCUUCUUUAUGACUGGCUAUCUCCCGCUGGGAUUCGAGUUUGCUGUGGAACUCACAUACCCAGAAUCUGAAGGCAUGUCAUCUGGCCUCCUCAACGUGUCUGCACAGGUAUUUGGGAUCAUCUUCACCAUCUCCCAGGGCCAGAUUAUUGAAAACUAUGGAACCAUGCCUGGGAACAUCUUCCUGUGUGUCUUCCUCACCCUUGGAGCAGCUCUCACUGCAUUCAUUAGGGCAGAUCUCCGGAGGCAGAAAGCAAACAAAGAAACUCCUGAGAAUAAACUCCAGGAGGAAGAAGAGAGUAAUACCAGCAAAGCACUCACCACUGCAUCGAAGGAUCACUUCUGAGGGAGAAAGGUGGUGGCGACUCAGGGAACACAGAGAACACCCCCACCACUUUGUUCAGCACAGUUCUCACUGCCAGCACAAAGGUCUUUGCUGGAGAAGCUUUUGGAGAGAACCGGCUAUAAGACUUGUGGCUUGGAUGGCUGUGACUAUGCCUCCCGGAAUCCACUCAAGAGCUCGGAUGACUUAGAUGGGGAAAACUGUACCUCUCACCAAACACAGAUUUGAUUCCUGCACCCUCCCCCUUUUAGGUCAUGGGAGCUGGUGUUGGGAGAGGCUGGUGGAGAAUACUGGAGUCAGUCCUAACUUGGUCCCUUGCUUUCCCUCUUCACCUCCAUCCCUCAUGGACAAUGCUUGCAAAAUUAUCACGGGAAGAAAGCUUAUUCAGAACAUUAACUUUUUCUAGUAUUUUAAGACCCUCAUGUGAAGCCCAGUUCUAAUGAGUGGCCCGCUGCUCUGCCUGAGAGUCAUUCUGGGUCAUCAGAGUGAUGGCUCUAGUUCUAUGGGAGAGGAAGCACCAUCAGAACAGCUCCAUCAGGACUCUUGGGCCUAAAUUCUCCUGGCCUACUGUUGGGGUCUGUCUCCAAACCCUCUUUUCUAAGAGCUGAUCAAACCAAACAUCAGUAAACUUGACAAAA